AAAAUGAAGGCAGUCUGGAGAAAGAAGAGGCUCGUGUCCCUUUUAAGGAACAGGUUUCUUUAGCUCUUCCAGAGUGGUUCUUAAAGGAAGCUUCCUAGAAAGUCCGCAGUUGGUAUCCUUACUAAAUAAGCCAACUAAACAGUAGAGGGGAAAAAAAGAGUGCGUGUCUGGCUCCUCCUAGUUCAGGCUCAUACCACCUCCUGAAAGUUGUGGCUACAGGACAGGCUUUGGCUGCUUUCUAGAACGUCGCUCGGAUCCCUUUAAAGGUGGGGAUCUUGACGGAGAAUGCCGGGGGAUGAAGGCGGGAGCUGAGGGCUGUAGAGUCUCUGUUGACAUAGUAACUCUUCAGCGCUGUCUCCCUUGCUCUCCGCUCUUACGCUUCGCAACCACCAGCGGCCCCGCCUGUGCCCUCUCUGCCCGGGAGCCCCGGACGCAUCCUCGCGGGGUCUUCUUGGCCUGACCUGCUCAGGUCAAGGUCCUCUUUGCACCCCCUUAAGUGGCGACAUCUCCCCGGGCCAGUGGGCGAGCCACUUGCGGUGGGCGUCUGCACCCCCUGCCUCAUCGCCGUCCCCUGGGCACCGGUCUGCCCAGGACCAGUUCGGCCGCUGACGCGGGCCCUCCGCACCGGGUCCCCGCUGGAACUGCCCACUCGGCUCCCCCGGGAGCGGGGCCCAGGCCAGUCGGGCGUUCCCGCCAUGAGCCAGAGCCCGGCGUUCGGGCCCCGGAGGGGCAGUUCUCCCCGGGGCGCUGUCGGAGCCGGUGCGCGGCGCAACGAGAGCCAGGACUAUCUGCUAAUGGACUCGGAGCUGGGAGAAGACGGCUGCCCCCAAGCCCCUCUGCAUUGCUACGGCUACUACCCCUGCUUCCGGGGAUCUGACAACAGACUGGCUCACCGGCGGCAGACAGUUCUCCGUGAGAAGGGGAGAAGGUUAGCUAAUCGAGGACCAGCAUACAUGUUUAGUGAUCGCUCAACAAGCCUAUCUAUAGAGGAGGAACGCUUUUUAGAUGCAGCUGAAUAUGGUAACAUCCCAGUGGUGCGGAAGAUGUUAGAAGAAUGCCACUCACUCAACGUUAACUGUGUGGAUUACAUGGGCCAGAAUGCCCUACAGUUGGCAGUGGCCAAUGAGCAUCUGGAAAUUACAGAACUUCUUCUCAAGAAAGAAAACCUCUCUCGAGUUGGGGAUGCUUUGCUUCUAGCUAUCAGUAAAGGUUAUGUUCGGAUUGUGGAAGCAAUUCUCAGUCAUCCAGCUUUUGCUGAAGGCAAGAGGUUAGCAACCAGCCCUAGCCAGUCUGAACUCCAGCAGGAUGAUUUUUAUGCCUAUGAUGAAGAUGGGACACGGUUCUCCCAUGAUGUGACUCCAAUCAUUCUGGCUGCCCACUGCCAGGAAUAUGAAAUUGUGCAUACCCUCCUGCGGAAGGGUGCUAGGAUUGAACGGCCUCAUGAUUAUUUCUGCAAGUGCAACGACUGCAACCAGAAACAGAAGCAUGACUCGUUUAGCCACUCCAGAUCUAGGAUUAAUGCCUAUAAAGGCCUGGCAAGUCCGGCUUACCUGUCAUUGUCUAGUGAAGAUCCAGUCAUGACGGCUUUAGAACUUAGCAAUGAACUGGCAGUUCUGGCCAAUAUUGAGAAAGAGUUCAAGAAUGACUACAAAAAACUGUCAAUGCAGUGCAAAGACUUUGUUGUUGGACUCCUUGAUCUGUGCAGAAACACUGAAGAAGUCGAGGCCAUUCUGAAUGGGGAUGUUGAAACGCUCCAGAGUGGUGAUCACGGUCGCCCAAAUCUCAGCCGUUUAAAACUUGCCAUUAAAUAUGAAGUAAAAAAAUUUGUAGCUCAUCCAAACUGCCAACAGCAACUUCUCUCCAUUUGGUAUGAGAAUCUUUCUGGUUUACGACAGCAGACAAUGGCGGUCAAGUUCCUUGUGGUCCUUGCUGUUGCCAUUGGACUGCCCUUCCUGGCUCUCAUUUACUGGUUUGCUCCAUGCAGCAAGAUGGGGAAGAUAAUGCGUGGACCAUUCAUGAAGUUUGUAGCACACGCAGCCUCCUUCACCAUUUUUCUGGGACUGCUAGUCAUGAAUGCAGCUGACAGAUUUGAAGGCACAAAACUCCUUCCUAAUGAAACCAGCACAGAUAAUGCAAAACAGCUGUUCAGGAUGAAAACAUCCUGCUUCUCGUGGAUGGAGAUGCUCAUUAUAUCCUGGGUAAUAGGCAUGAUAUGGGCUGAAUGUAAAGAAAUUUGGACUCAAGGCCCCAAGGAAUAUUUGUUUGAGUUGUGGAAUAUGCUUGAUUUUGGUAUGUUAGCAAUUUUUGCAGCAUCAUUCAUUGCAAGAUUCAUGGCAUUUUGGCAUGCUUCCAAAGCCCAGAGCAUCAUUGACGCGAAUGAUACUUUGAAGGACUUGACGAAAGUAACACUGGGAGACAAUGUGAAAUACUACAAUUUGGCCAGGAUAAAGUGGGACCCCUCUGAUCCUCAAAUAAUAUCUGAAGGUCUUUAUGCAAUUGCUGUAGUUUUAAGUUUCUCUAGGAUAGCUUAUAUUUUACCAGCAAAUGAAAGCUUUGGACCUCUGCAGAUAUCACUUGGAAGAACAGUCAAAGACAUCUUCAAGUUCAUGGUCAUAUUCAUUAUGGUGUUUGUGGCCUUUAUGAUUGGAAUGUUCAAUCUCUACUCCUACUACAUUGGUGCAAAACAAAAUGAAGCCUUCACAACAGUUGAAGAGAGUUUUAAGACACUGUUCUGGGCUAUAUUUGGACUUUCUGAAGUGAAAUCAGUGGUCAUCAACUAUAACCACAAAUUCAUUGAAAACAUUGGUUACGUUCUUUAUGGAGUCUAUAAUGUUACAAUGGUCAUUGUUUUGCUAAAUAUGUUAAUUGCCAUGAUCAACAGUUCAUUCCAGGAAAUUGAGGAUGACGCUGAUGUGGAGUGGAAAUUUGCAAGGGCCAAACUCUGGUUUUCCUACUUUGAGGAGGGGAGAACACUUCCUGUACCCUUCAAUCUGGUGCCAAGUCCAAAGUCCCUGUUUUAUCUCUUACUGAAGCUUAAAAAACGGAUUUCUGAGCUGUUCCAGGGCCAUAAAAAAGGUUUGCAGGAAGAUGCAGAAAUGAACAAGAUAAAUGAAGAAAAGAAACUUGGAAUUUUAGGAAGUCAUGAAGACCUUUCAAAAUUAUCACUUGACAAAAAACAGGUUGGGCACAAUAAACAACCAAGUAUAAGGAGCUCAGAAGAUUUCCAUUUAAAUAGUUUCAAUAAUCCUCCAAGACAAUAUCAGAAAAUAAUGAAAAGGCUCAUUAAAAGAUAUGUACUGCAGGCCCAGGUAGAUAAGGAGAGUGAUGAAGUGAACGAAGGGGAACUGAAGGAAAUUAAGCAGGACAUCUCAAGUCUCCGCUAUGAACUCCUUGAAGAAAAAUCUCAGAAUACAGAAGACCUAGCAGAACUUAUUAGAGAACUUGGAGAGAAAUUAUCCAUGGAACCAAAUCAAGAGGAAACCAAUAGAUAAUGCGAAGACUUCCUUAGAAAUUCAUAUUUAUUUGUCCACUUGAAGCCAUAUUAUUUUCUGAUUUAUUUUCUUAAGUGCCAAUGUGCCCACCUUUUAAACAAGAAAAAGUUAAAUAACUUGGGCUAUCCUACCAUCUGGAACCCUAGUAUCUAAUUUUUUUGGUGAUUAAACUCCAUUGUUCAGGGUAAAGCCUGUAGAUAACGAGGAAAAUUAUGCCCAGUUGUUUGGUGCUUGUUUUAUAAACUGCUUUCUUGGAUAUAACUGUUGUGAUGAUGUCAUUGCCAUGUAGUGUCUGCCUGAAAAUGGGUCCCAGCGGACAGGGGCUGACCCACGUUACUCCCCAUGCGGUUUUUCCUCUGAAGUUUAUUUCAGGUUCCUUCUUGCCUGUUCUGUGGAUGCCCUGCUGGGGACUCCCAGCUCUGAAAUUUGGGAAAAAGUAGUCCAUGGGCCUUUAGAAUGCUUUAGUCCUUUCUUUAGAAUGCUGUUUAAACACCAUUUACCCUACUUAUCCCUCAAAGCACAUGAUUGAUACUGUUCAUACAAAAUGGGCUUACAUCUAUGUAAAAUUUUCUGAUUCAUCUAUUUGAAAACAUUACACUUAACAAUGAAAAAAGUUUUUCCUCCACUGAACCCUGGAAACAUGGUCCAGUUUUUUUUGUGUGUGUAUGUAAAUGUGUACACACACACAUAAAGUACUUGCCCUAUUUAUUUUGUGGCUAAUGUGGACACACAAAAGCUCUUUAUGUUGUAAAUUUUUAUUGUGACUAAAAAAUUACUGUCUAAAUAAGUAGCUUUUAUUGGAAAAAAAUCAAAACCCCAAACACUAUGGUUAUUUGGUUCCAUUGUAGCACAAUUUUGUGCCAUUUCUGGGAGCAUUUACAGAUGAAUUCUCACACUUAGCCAUUGAAUGUAAAGGGGAAAAAUGAGGUGGGAAUUUGUAAAUACUUUUAUCUGUUAUUUUCAAUAUGUUCUAUCCUUCUACCCAAAUAUAUAAAACAGGAAUUUGCAUUCAUGUGCAUUUACCAAGAAGUGGUUGUUGUUACUUACUGAUCAUGUGAAGUGGUGUCUUAAACAACUAAAAGAGAUGAAGGUUCAUAUGUUUACUCAAAGACCAUUGGCAUUCAGAGGAUGCUGGACAUUAACUGGAAAUGCUACUUCCAAUUCAAUAAUGGGAGAUUUCAAAUGCAAAUCUUUAACUUCAUCUUAAAGAUGAAAUGGUUGCAGAAAAUCUGUUUAGCUCCAACUUUGGCUUAAUUUAAACCAAAGAACAUUUAUGUAACCAGAUCAGAAAAUACAGCUGAAAAUUUAUAUUCAGUGAUUUUGUAUUUGUGGAUACUACUUAUGGAAAAGUUACUUGGUGAUACAUAAAGAUCGAUUUUCAAAUAUUUUGUGACAGUAUUUGAAUCAGCAGUUGUAAAAAAUCAACCUCAUACUGAAUGCAGUAUCAGCAAAUUAAAGUAAUCUAACAUCCACAAAAA